AUGAGGCUGAAUGAGAGCCGGACAAGAUCCUUCCACGCUCCUGUCACCAUCCACAGUUACCCAGGCAGGCAGGUGUAUGUGUUUCCUGAUGGCCAGUCCGAUUCCGAGGAGUCCUCAGAGGAGGAGCUCAACGUUAUGGAGCUGCGGCCGCGGGGCAGGGAGCAGCAGCGCUCCCGCAGGGACAGAGCUGCAGAUGUGGUGCUUCUGGAGAGGGAGGUGACACAGGACGACAGCCUGAACAAGCUAGCCCUGCAGUACGGUUGUAAGGUUGCAGAUAUCAAACGUGUCAACAACUUCAUCCGGGAGCAGGACUUGUAUGCCCUGAAGUCCAUCAAGAUCCCCGUGAAGACCCACGGGCUGUUGACGGAGAAGGGUGGGGACCUGCGGCCGCUCCCCAGUGCGCCCCCCCAGAGCGGCCUGACCCUGGUGGAGCUGCCAGAGCCCCAGGCUGGUGGCAGCAGCUCUGCUGCCCCCUCACACCUCAGCGACUACUUCAAGGGCAUCGACAAGAGCAUCCAGGAUGCUGUGCAGGCCGAGGGCCAGCUGAACAUGGAGUGUUGCCUGGAAGCCCCAGAGCUGCUGCUGCCCGAGGCAGGGCAGCAGGAGAGCAGUAAUGGUGCGGACUGUGGAAUCCAGUGGUGGAAUGCAGUUUUUAUUAUGCUCCUGAUAGGAAUUGUUCUGCCAGUAUUUUAUAUAAUCUAUUUUAAAACACAAGGCCUGGUGGCCCACUCCUUCAACACAACACUAACCUCAAACAGUUCAACAGAGGGAUUGGAAGGGAAAUUACCACGAAGCUCAGCUGUAGAAAAGAAAAUCCUAAGGUGGGCAAGGGCAGCCAGGCACAGCCUCGGCUCGCAGCACGGAAGCCCACGUGGCAGUGACUGA